GCAAAGUCUUUAUAGGGUUAGAGUUCUAAAACUUUAGUUAGCUCAGUUGUUUCCCCAUCCACAUAAAUUGAUAUAUAUGUUCCAUAUUGGGGCAUUACAUAGGUUUUCUCAUAACUAAAAGCUCGGCUUUGUACACUCGCAAGCAACACACGGAGGUUUUCUCUUGGGUUUCUUGGAAUUUGUGUCUGUGGUCAUUGGAUUUGAGCUGUUGGAUUGAUCUUGAUCUGGGCUUUUGUGCCCUGUGGCUGGUCAAAUCCAUGAUCAUCAGCGUCCCAUGGACCCCUCUCCAGUGCGAACCACUCAACCUCUUGAUGAAGAAGAUGAGUGGGACACUGAUGGAUUUGUGAUUCCGAGCUUGGUUAUUGAAGACCAAGAUAAAAGUAAUCAUGAUGCUCCAACAAUAGAAGCCUCAAAACCCCCAUCUCCAAAGGCCAAAGGAGAAGAGAAGAUCUACUUAGGACCGCACGGGGCUCCCCCUUCGCAAUCAAAGCAGCAGCAAGAGGUAAACCCUUCCAGCCGUAAGCAGAAGUUCAAGCAGAAACUGAAGGAAGCAGAUAGGAGAAGUACCGGGACAGGUCGAGAGAACAAGGUGGAGAAUCUGCGAGAGCUUGUGGGCGGUGGGAAAGGAAGCAGCAGCAUGGCAAAGGAUUCUAACAGGGAUUGGCUAGACCCUCACUGUCAUGAGUCGCAAUUUGAGAAGUGGAACACUCAGUGAUUGGAGUAUCUGAUAUCUUACAAUAUUCAAGAUACUUGAAUUUGGCACCCAUUUUUUGGUUUUGAUCUUUUUGGAUCUCUGGAGACAUUUGAGGCCAUGUAUCUUGACAAUAAAAUUUUAGUUGAAGCUUUCACGAUUAUUGCAGAAAUUAUCAUAAAAGAAUUUGGCUGUUUGAAUUCAGUUAUUUGUUUGCCCA